GAAGAAUCCUUGAACCCUAACCCUAACAGAACCAAGGAACAAAUGGAAGAAGAUGAAGCGGGCUUGCAAGCCAGCAGGAUAUCAAACGCGGUGGCGUUCCCCAUGGUUUUGAAAGCUGCCCUCGAGAUCGGCGUCAUCGACACUAUCUCCAAGGCGGGAGAGGGCGCGUGGCUCUCACCUUCCGAGAUAGCGCGUAGGCUUCCGACCAAACCCACAAACCCGCAGGCUCCACUGUUGUUGGAUCGCAUGCUGCGCUUACUCACUAGCUACUCUAUACUAAAAUACCGUACGGUGCAAACCGGAAAUGAUGAGAUUGAAAGGGUAUACGCAUCUGAACCGGUUUGCCGGUUCUUUUUGACCGAUAACCAAGACUCUGGUUCUCUUUUCUCCUUGUUUAUGACGCUCCACGGUGAUGUCUGUAUCAAGGCAUGGAAUCAUUUGAAACAUAUGAUAUUAGAUGGGGGAGAUGCAUUUACCCACGCCCACGGUACGACCCUAUUCCAAUGCAUGUGCAGAGACCAACCUUUCAACGAUCUAUUUAACCGGGCAAUGACCGGACAUUCGAUCAUGAUCUUGAAGAAGGCUCUAGAAGUCUAUCGAGGUUUCGAAGAUAUGAAAGUAUUGGUCGAUGUGGGAGGAGGAGUUGGUACUGCUUUAGGCCUCAUUACCUCAAAAUAUCCCAACAUUAAGGGUAUAAAUUUUGAUCUAGCCAGAGCUUUAGCCGACGCUCCUCCUUAUGCCGGGGUUGAACAUGUGGUCGGAGAUAUGUUCGUUGAAGUUCCGAAAGGAGAUGCCAUCUUCAUGAAAUGGAUUCUCCAUGAUUGGAGUGACGAAGAUUGCUCCAAGAUUCUAAGAAAUUGUUGGGAAGCUCUCCCAGAUAAAGGGAAAGUGAUCAUCAUUGACGCGGUUGUUCCCAUAAAUCUAGAAGGCCGUAAUGUCUACUCAAAGAUCGUCUUCAGCUUCGACAUGUUGAUGAUGUCUGUAUGCUCAGGUGGGAAAGAAAGGACACGAACUGAGUUUGAAGCUUUGGCUAAGAGGUCGGGAUUCAAUCGCUGUGAAUUCAUAUGUCGUGUUUUCCACUGUUGGGUUAUCGAAUUCAACAAAGAGACAGAAGCUUGA